AGGCGGUUCUUUUUAAUACAACUUUUCACACCCCAGACACUUAUCUUUUUGAUCGCGUUGACGAGUCCUCGACUGCAACAGCGAUCUUUGUUGUUGCCACUUCGGUCAUAUAAACAAGACCCGACUCCUCAUGCUUAUUUGCUAUACAAAUACAAUUUUUCUCUAGAAACCCCGGCCCUCUCGAUGCAUUUGAGCUACGGAACCAUGUUGAGCUCUCCUUCUCCGACUUCGAAGAACACUGUUGCAGCAGCAGCUGCAGCGAUGGAAAGAACAAAUGAUGACUCCUCUGCAGCAACAGGAGCUUCCGCUUCCCUGGGGAUGCAGCCUGUGGCUCUUCCCGCCGCGAGCAGUAGUGCAGCAGCAAGUCGAAUAAAGCCCCCGAGUGGAGCAGGUCGGCAGCUAACUCCAACGAAAGGUAGCCAACAUAGAAAAAAUGCCCUCGACACCGAGAUCCUGCAGCUCGAGCAGCAACUUCAGCAACUGUACGAGCAGCGAAAGGCGAGGUUACAAGUGCUCAGGAAUAAUUCUAGUUCAUCCUCCUCUGACAAUUCCUCGUCUUCCAUUGAAGGAGCUGUAGCGCAGGAUUUGAAUUAUGAUCUUGACCAAGAUGAAGGAGGACGAAGGCGCCAAGACCAUGUCCAGCUGCAGAUUUUUGAGACUCUUUCGUGUGGCGGGGAAGAUGUACUGCCAUCUCUUUCCAGAACAGACAGCAGAAGUCGCGAAGAAGACAACCCAGCACUUUUUGAGAAAUCCGCGCACGACGUUGAAACUACAGGAACGGGCAAGAAUCUUCGGCAAAAUAAAGAACAUCAACAUCCUCCUGCCGGAAAUCUGAUUGGCAAGAUGAUGACCACGCCCAGUAGUCGUCAAAAGCGAGACAGUGCGAGUCCAACUCCGGCGCAUAAAAGUUCUUCUUUCCACCUUACUGUGGACCAGGACAGCAACUAUGUUGACAGCUUGCCUCUGAUGCGACCAUCCUCUCGGUCGAAAGAAAGUUCUCUACAGAAUUCACCAGGGUCCUCUGCUUCUUCCCUCUACGCGGAGCAGUUUGCUUUUCACAACCGCGCCAUGUGGCUGAUUGGUCUGUUGCUCCUCCAGUCUUCCGGGUCGGCCAUUCUGGCAAAUUACUCGAAGCUGCUGAUGAAGCACCCCAGCAUCGUGUAUUUUUCCACCAUGCUAGUUGGUGCCGGCGGGAACGCGGGCGGGCAGUCGGUGGUCUACGUGGUCCGGAAAUUCGCGGAAAGGAAGCAAAUCAAUAACCUGGAACUCCUCCGUACCGCGAUGCUACUCGGCCUGGUCAUUGGGGUGUUCGCCUGUUUGAGGUUUUUGGUCCAGCAUUUUGUCGUCGCGUGGCCGCACCUGGACACGGCGUUCGUUUUAUCCUUCGCGGCGUCGAUCAUCGUGUUUGUCGGGGCGUUACUCGGGGCGGUUUUACCGCAGUUAUUUCUUCUAUGCAGGAUCGACCCGGCGCACGCGUCGGCAACAAUCCAGGUGGUGAUGGAUUUGGUGGCGUUGUCUUUAGUAUGCAGUGCAAAAGUAUCGUACUCGUAUAAAUGCAUUACAAAUUUCCUCAGCAUGAGAAAUGAAAUUUGUAAUGCUGCAUUGCCUUAAGAAUAAGAUUUGUAAUGCAUGAUUGCAAUACGAGUGCGAUACUUUUGCACAGGAUAUUUAGUGUGUUUUAUUGCGCACGCAUUUCUCGGGGACGAUCCGACGGACGCCGGGGGAGCGGCGGUGGAGUACGACAAUAUGCUGUCCAACGGAGUAGUUGCUGGAGGUGCUAGUGGUGCUGCAACGGGAAGUAGUACAAGCGAAGUUUUGGCGCAACUACCUGGUGCAGCAGCGGCAGUUGUUCAACAUCCGCACAAAAAACCAAGCAAACACUCCGAUUGGGACCAAUUGCCACGGCAGAGGAGGCUAGGGGGAGCAGCGGACUUACUACGAGAACCUCUUCCCGGUGCUGCAGGAGUGCAGCAUUACCCGCACCUGACGGCAACGAGGCAUGAGCUGAGCCAUUGGGUGCCGUAGGUCGUGCGUGUAGGAGGAGGUUCUCGCAGAAGUAGAAAAACCUUGCAAACUUUUAGCAGCCCGAAAUAAGUACUUUGCAAAGACUUCUUCAUCAUUUUUCUCUCACCGCUGUGGCUUCGUCGACUAGCAAAGCCACAGCUCGGAUCAUUUUCCAUGCAAUUUGAAUUUUCCAAACCCCAUUAACAUAAAGAGGUACUUGCGACGUUUUAUCCUAGGACUAGAACCACUGAGAACUAGUACAAAGAGAACGCUAACAGAGCGCAUCGCACAACACAAAGAUAUCAAAGAACACCUUUUACGGAACAUCAUUGACCUGAAUUUUUUGUCGAGGACGCCACACCCAAUCAAUAGAGACAUCUUUAUUUCUCUCUAGUAGUAGUAGUGCAGACCAUUUUCGUCUUUCCCCUAAACUAGAUCACAGCCCGCAGUGAAUGACUCCAUUACGUAUUUCUCCUCCUCCUGUUGCUGCACGAC